AAAUGAGGCUAAUUUGGUUGCUUGAUUCUUGAUUGCUCGAUAGAUUUUUUUGUUAGUUGACUUAGCAAGCCACCAUUAUAGCACUAGCUUGGGACUUUGAUAAAAUGUAAAACAGAAAAGUCUUCAAUGUACCGUUUACGCUUGCUAUUCUUGGUGCUUACGUGUGAUAAAACGAUGGUAGCUUCAGUAAAAAUAACUAUGUUGCUUUUUCUGAUUUGAAACCAAAUACUGUUUUAUUCAUUUGCUUCAAUUUACUUCAUUCAUUAUUUUUGUGCUGCUGGAUCGUUUUUCGACUUGCUUUUUGUUCAACGCUUUGCCUUCUCGUUUGAAAACAGCUGCAUUUUAUACAAAACAGUUUAAUCACAAUUUAUAUUCCACAUCUUCGCAUUAUAGUCGAGCAGUUACCUGUGUUUAAUUCUAACGAUUAUUUUUCCACGGUUUAUUUACCUCGAUUUGAACGUAUUAUUUACCUCUUUUCGUUCAUUUUUGUUUGCGGCCGUUAAGAUUUUCUCAAAUUUAGUGCCAAAUUAUUGAAAUUCAGUCCAGUAAAAAUUCACAACUGUGAAACAUGCUCAACCCAGAAGAUAGCGAGGUGGACAGACCAAUGUCUGCUGGAUCUGCAGCCAGACAACAGAAACUGGAUAUGCAAAAAAAAAUCAUGGAGCAGAAAAUGGCCAAAAAAUCACGAGGAAUGCUGAUGCCAACUAAUCCACAAGCCAAUAUCUCUGGAGUAUCCGGGCGUACGCCAGAAUUGCCAUCUCAUAAUCCAAAAACAGCCAAAAGAGUUGACGUUAGUUCAGUGGCUGACCCCGAAAACCGAAAUGCAUAUCACAACCCCACAAUUAGUUCAGUUACUAUUAUGCCAGUUUCGGCUUCGUCUGACGUCGAUUUCGAUGACGAGAGUUCGGUUAAUGACGUCACAACUAGCUCAAAUUCAACACUGGAUGGAGGCGAGACUCCGCGUGACAGACAAAAAUACGCAGAUGUAGUCGAUUAUGAAUCUAGUUCACAGAAAAGACCGAAUGAUGUCCAGACAAAUGGGACCGAGUCUCCCGAAGUUGUGCCGAUAGAUGAUGACAGCGGUGACAAGGAGAACGCGGGAGAUCUGGGCGACAGUGCCAUGGAUUUGGAACUGCCUCUCGUUUUGCAGCCCUCGUCUCGUGAGCUGGAAGAGUUUGUGUUCAAGCCGUGUCCAGAAAGACACACGAUUAAGUGUAGGAUUACUAGAGAUAAAAAGGGAGUGGAUCGAGGUAUGUUUCCUACGUACUUUCUCCACUUUGAAAGAGACGAUGGGACGAAAACUUUCCUGUUGGCGGGGAGGAAACGAAAGAAGAGUAAAGUUUCGAAUUACUUAAUAUCUACAGACCCAACUGAUCUAUCCAAAGGUACUGAAAGUUACACCGGAAAAGUCAAAUCAAACAUGGUCGGAACAAAGUUCACCAUUUUCGACAACGCAUCGAAACCUGGAGGACUGAUAUCGUCCACAGAAGGGGGCAAAAACAGACAGGAACUGUGUGCUGUUUUGUACGAGACGAACAUUUUCGGGUUUAAGGGUCCGAGAAAAAUGAGUGUGGUCAUCCCAGGCAUGACAGUAGAUUUUGAACGAGUUGUCAUCCACCCUAAAAACGACAGCGACUCACUUCUGAAGAGAUAUGAAGAAAAAAACCUGCAGAAUCUUCUCGUGUUGCAUAACAAGUCGCCAGUGUGGAACGAAGAGACGCAAAGCUAUGUUUUGAAUUUCCAUGGUCGAGUGACGCAAGCGUCGGUGAAGAACUUCCAGAUUGUGCAUCCACAAAGCCAAGAGUAUAUUGUGAUGCAGUUUGGAAGAGUCUCGGAUGACGUAUUCACUCUGGACUACAGGUACCCAAUGUGUGCAGUCCAGGCCUUUGGCAUAGCACUCAGCAGUUUCGACAACAAACUGGCCUGCGAGUAGUAAAAACGAAUCACGGAUUAAGAAGUUAUACUUUUACGUAAUUAAUACUGAUUAACAGAACUAGAACUGCUAGGAACAGCUGUAUAGUUGAUUGAAUCCAGAGUCAUGUUAUUCUGAGUCAAGUUUUUCAAAAUCGGUGAUAAUAUUUUGAGAUAGAAAAUUCAUUUUGUCAAACGAAGAUUACAGAGACAAAAUAUUUGAAAUAAUGACCUUUGAAAUACUUUGAUUACACUUGCGAGAGCAAGUGUGUUGUAUAAAAAGUGUGGUGAGAAAAAAAGAGAUAAUUUGACUUCAAAUAUCUAUGCAAUAUUCCGCGCAUACAUUAUACUCAGUAAAAGCAUCGAAAAUGUAACAGUAUUAUGAGUUCCUAUUACUUUUGCAAUCGGAUCAAAUUCUUCCUAAAGUUUGACUAUGGUCAGUUUCUUUUAAAUCUGUGUCAAACCCUAUUUUGCAUUGUAAACCAAAUUGAUGAGAAGCUAAAUUAUUUCGUUGCUUUAAAUUUCCCAUUUCGAUUCAGAUCUGAUUUGCAAUUUGAUUGUUCUUUGCAUUUUAAGUCCUGGCGUUGUUGAUCUAGUCGGUUUUUGGAGACACAAAGAUGAAGGUAAUGUUGCAGAGGUGUCUUAAUUGAGAAGUUCAGUUUAUACCUUGACAGUUUUGAGUGGCAAGGAAAUAAAAUAUAAGUUCUGGGCUGCUACCCAUUUUGGUAAGCUUUAAGUAAAUAUAUUUAAUGUGAAAAUCGUAAUAUAAUUUUAGCAAAGGCUAAAAACGUGGUGUUGUUUUAACCGUGUCACAAAUGUAUUUUACUGAUUUUUGUGAUCUUGUACCGACUAAAUCGACUCCGCAUAGUUUUCUUGAGCCAUUUUACUUGUGCUAUAAUUCCGUGUUAAUGCAUUCAUAUCUGUCUUUCAGGUUUUAAUAUCAUGCAUGCUUUCACGCACAAUGUCAAAAGUGUUCUUAAACACCAGAGUUUUUAAAGUGUUCUUGCUCUGUUUUCAGAAUUGAAUCAGUCUAAUAAUGUUGAAAGAACGCUUUUGUGGCAGUUUUAGAGUUCUUUGUAAAUAAGGAGUUUAGUAGUUU